AAAUUGCUUAUGGUAAGUUACAAUAUAUUUGAAAGAGUACAUAUUAAAGGAAGAAAAAAAGAAGAAUGCUUACAAUUUGAAUAAGACAUUCUUGGUUAAAGUUCAAAUUAAACUCAUCAAAAUCAUAUUUGUUUUGUUUCUAUAUAAAAAUCAGUCAGAUAAACAAAUGUUAAAUGGAAUCAAAAAUUUUGAUUUGUUCAAUUUCCAUGGAGAUUUGUUCAUUUAUACAAUUCUAAUCAAAGAUUAAAUGAUAGAAACACAGUGAUUACUACUUUUUUUUUGUAAAUAAAUUCAAUCAUUUAUCAUCAUUGUUGUAUGUAAAAAAAUAUGUCAAAUUUAUCUGAAGAUAUAAGUAUAUCUAAACGACCAAGAAUAUUUCGUGGUAGAGGUGCUCAACAAAGAAGUGAUGUAAAAAAGAAAGCUAGAAGAAAUCAAAGUACAGGUGAUAUUAUUCAAAGUGCUAGAGAACCCACCAAAAUUGAAUCAAAAGAUGAAAAUGUAAAUCCCGGUAAAAAAGUUCGAAGAUGGUUACGUUUAUUAAAAAUGACUAGUAUUAGUGCUACAACUGCAAUAACAUUGGAUGGAUUAAGAACAGAGAAUAAUCAUUCUUAUAAUCAACAAACCAGUCAGAAUCCUCAUCCUCAUCAGUAUCAUCAUCAUCAUCAUCAUCAUCAUCAUCAUCAUCAUCAUUAUCCUGAUAAUUCUAAUUCACCUCCACAAGAAAUGCAAUCUUUUCUUGGCAACUUAGGUAUUGGAGCUUAUGUUGGUGAUGAAGAGAAUGCAUUUGUAAAUUCGGAUAAUUCAGAAGAAAUAAAUGUUGAUCAGUUAAAUAAAACAAAUAAACCUCUUUCUAAAUCAAUGAUAAAUUUAUCUUCAGUUAGUUUAUGGCCACCUAAACGUAAGACAAGUGAUCAAAUUGUUGAACCAGAGAUAUUGCUAAAUGAUGUCAGUGAACAUUGUAGCCGUUUAUCAUCCUCUCGUGUUAGUUGUCUAUCGAAUAAUUCGUUGUCAUCACCUCAAUCAACAACAUCGUUUACGCGUUCGCAAAAGAAACCAUCUAUUUCAGAAAUCACAAACUCAUCAACAUUUGACAGUGGGAUGAAUCAAUUCAAUCAAACUGAAUUCUAUGAAUCAAUGCCUUUAAUACUUAAAACUGUGAUAAAUCAAACAUCCUUGUAUAAUAAUAUUCAUUCUAUGCAGCGUUAUAAUGUAAGUGAAGGAUUUGCCUCGAGUAAUUUAACACCGAAACUUUCAACAAGUACUAUUACUGCCACUAAUAGUCAUCAUCAAAGUGGUGAGAAUAUUACUGUCAAAAGAGCUAUUCAUUAUCCAGCUUGGAUGAUUAUUAGUGAUGAACAAUUACAAUUGGAUACAACUUAUUCAUUUUAUCGGAUAGCAGAUUAUUUAAAAGAGUUAUAUUUAGCUGAAUCUUGGUUAGAGAAUCUAUUAAUAUCUGAUAUUUUACCAAGUCGUAGUCAUUCACCAGUAAGACAACCAACUGAUUAUCGAUCACGUCGAGCACGUCUUGAAAAUAAUCCAAUAAUGUCGCAUAAAAUAUUAAAGCGAACAUGCAGUGAACAACGUUAUGAUGAAACACAAUUAAUUGGUGGUUUAUGGGAUAGACGAGAGAUGGAUCUUAUUCAAAAAUUAAUUCGUCGAGCAAUCUCUACAAUUGAAUUGAACAUAUCAUCUAGACAAAUAGACGAAAAGGAAUCGUCAUAUUCAGCAACAACAACUACUACAACGACACUGAGUGCUAUAAUUUUUAGAAAUGCUUCAACUGAAAGAAAACUAGUACCAUGCAGAAGAAAGUCAAUAUUGACUUUUAUAGAAGCUAAUCAAAACAGAAUUCCCAUCUCUUUACGUUCAUUUAUUCCGGAUUGUGAGAAAAUCACAGGGAACAACGAAAAUAUUAUUAAAUUGAAAAAGAUUUACGCUGAAGAAAUUGUAAAUAUUGUUAAACUUCCUCGUUAUCCUGUUGAACAACAUUUAAAUUUAGAAACUAUACAUCAAUCACAAAAAUCUACCAUUUUUCUUUGUUCUGAUCAUCUUGUCUUAACACAAUGGCCAUUAGAUCCACAAUCAUUUGUAUGUAAUGGAGAUUUGGCGCAUAUUAUUCCAUUCUAUGAAUUAUGGUGUGAUACAAUGAAACUUGAUGGAUUAUUAUGCAUACGAUCAUCAUCAAUAUAUGUGUCAAAAUCAUUAAAGCACCAUAAUAAAUUCAAUCCUAAUAGAAAAAAUUCCGAAAUUGACAAUGAUCAUUUAAGCAAAUAUAAUAUCUCUUCAUCAUCCGGCAUAUUAGAAGAAGAUGCUGAUCUAUUGAAUAGUCCUACUUUCAAUGAACAAUGUAAUCAGUUAAUUAAUGAUACAGAGGUAAUAAAAACAUCAAAAUCUUCUUAUUCAUCAAAUGAUAAUCAUACACUUAAUAAUACUGAUAUGUUAUUAUUAAUUGGGCAUCCACCAAUGGAAAAUUGGGCAAUCCGUUUUUCAAAUAAUAAUCUUUGUGAAAAAUGGCGACAUAUGAUCAAUGAAUCUAUUCGAAAAAGUCAACAAAUAUUCUAUGGGAAAUCGAUCAAUGUGAAGGUGAUCAAUCAGAUAAUUCCAAAUCAUCAAAUCAUUUAAAAGAUAAAUCAUUGGAAGGACUUAAUAUUAAUGUAAAUAAUACAAAAGCUGAUUUAUAUCUACGCUAUACUGAAUCAAAUGGAGAAGAACGUGAAAUACUUAUGUAUGGUCCAGAAAACCCAUUCUUGAUAGCACUCUCUAGUGUUCAACUGAAUACUACGGAUUCUUCAUUCAGUACUCCUAAAUCAGCAACAACUGUUUCUAACACUACCAGCAAUACUACUAAUAUGAAUAAUACCACCGGGAAUAAUAGUCCAGACAGUAAUACUAAUCACUAUAAAGAUAUAUUGGAUCUAAUAAAGAAAGUCUCUUUAUCACCACAAUCGGAGAAUAGAACAACUGAUCAUAACCAUAACAACGGUAAUGACUACAUUAUUUCAAGAGAUCAAAUUAAAAUUAGUUUUGUACUUCGUCCUGUAGACAAAUAUUAUUCAACUGAAGAUAAUCAACAUCAACAUCAUUAUCAAAAUUAUCAAAAAGUUUCAACAAAAUCUGAUAUGAAAUCUACAGAAUAUGUGAGACAAGAACGUGGACGUUCCACAUCGAAAUCAUCUUCAGCAUCAGCAUCAAGAAAUCGUCGAAAUGAUAUGACACAAAACAAUAAUAUGAUGACUAAAUCCAGUAUAUUCUUAAACCAUAAUAAUACAAAUGUUAGCAAACAAAAUACUAGUACUAAUGUACCAUUGCGUGGUGCAAUUAGUACUAGUUCACUUCAAAUUGGUACAGCACAAGAAAUACAGUGUGGGCAAAUUUUUGGACGUCUACCUGAACAAUGUUGGCCUGAUUCUCAAUUACCGGAAUCUUUAGUGAAUCUAUUUGCUAUUGUAUAUUAUAAUGGGGUAAAUGUUGAAGGAAUAUUUCGACGUACAGCUGUUCAUAGUCAAAUUGAAUUGAUGAGAGCACGUGUAGAUGAAAAUAUUCAAAUGAUUACACCGAAUAAUUGUAGUCCAAUUUUAGCAUCGUGUGUUUUAAAGAGGUUUUUCUGUGAAAUACCUGGUCAUUUGUUAAUCGACUCUCAUUGGGAUGAGUGGGCCAGUUUAACUGAAAUUAGUUCAGCAUCAGAACGUUUACAGGUUCUUGAAAGAUUGAUUCGUAAUCUUCCCAAGGUUAAUCAGACAUUAUUGGCCUUGCUAAUUUAUUUACUUGCACAUAUUCGUGAUAAUGAAGAAAUAAACCGUAUGUCAGCUAGAAAUUUGGCGGUUGUAUGGGGUCCAAAUUUAAUUCAACGACCAAAUUCUCCAUUAGCAUUAUCUGAUUCUAUGAUAACGACACAAAUUAUAACUUACCUGUUGGAACCGGCAGUAACAAAUUUCUUAUUAAGCACUAGCAAUGUUAAGAUGGAAUUGAAUCAACACUUUUCAAAUAUUUGGGGAAAUUUUCUAAAAGACUCUAAUAAUAAGACAAAAGUUCAAAACACCACUACCACAUCAACAGCAACAACAAAUACUGACUCAUCAGAUGAUGAUAAAAUUUCUAAACAAGAUUCUGAUUUCCAUUCUGAACGGAAAACAGCGAAACAACAUCCUUCACGAAGAGGAUAUUCUGUUUCAAAUAUACCACCACAGAUAAGUUCUCUGGAAGUGGACAAUUCAUUGAUGAAUGAAAAAUUAGGUAAUUCAUUAUUGAAAACAAGUGAACAACAUCAACAUACUGAACCGAUAGUAGUAAAUAAUUCUUCUUUAAAUUUAUCAAUAAAUAAUAAAUCUAAUCAUCAGUUAAACAUGGAAAACCCAUCACAGUCAUCAUUAAUGAAACGAAGAGGUGCUGGACGUAUGCAUAAAAAAAAACAUAGUUUUUUUAAUCAAUUAGCAUUACCUGAUCAAACAGGACCACCUAAUUCUACUGGUAAACUAAAUAAACAAACGAAUUGUUUAUCAUCAACAGAUUUGAUUGCAACAGAAUUAAAAAAUAUUAUACGAUCAAGAACUACAUCAAGCAUAGUAUUACCAUUAUCAUUUUCUGUAACAGCUACAACAACAACUUUAACAAAUCCAUCAUUAACUUCAACAGUAUCAGUAGAGAAACAAGAAUCUAUGAAAAAGACAACUCCUUCAACAACAACAACAUCAUCAUCAUCAUCAUCAUUAUUAUUAUCUAGGCGUUCAAGAAACACAUCUUGUCCGCCGAGUACAAAUAAAGCAACAGUUUCUAAUGAUAAAUUUAGUAUUCCUUGCCCAUUGCCAAGAAAUCAAAUUAAUCUGGAAGCACCACCUGUCCCAUUAAGAGGUCAACAAUUAACACAUCAAGAUGUUCGAUUAAAACUUGCCAAUAAUAAUAAUAAUAAUAAUAAUAAUAAUAAUAAUAAUAAUAAUAAUAAUAUGAAUCUGCCAAAGAAUAAUUCUAAUCACUCAAAACCAAUCAGUCAUAAUAAUAAUAAUAAUAAUAAUAGUAAUAAUCGAUUACAUGACGAAACAAGAAUGCCGACUCCCACUCCCAGUACUCCAACUACUACAUCACCUAUAUCACGACAACAAAAACCAUUUCAUCGUAGAUUUCGGUCACAAACAUCGACCAUUGAAAUACCAGAUGUUACUUUACUGCAUACUGAUACAUAUAGAAUGCGACAAAACAAACUGAGUACUACUGCUACUACUACCGCUACUACUACCACUACUACUAAUAAUAAUAAUAGUAAUAGUAAUAAUAUUACUUAUAAAAGACAACUUUCCAUGGACUGUCCAUUUAGUUAUACUCAAUUAUUUUAUGAACCAUUCGAAAAUGAUCUAUCAGUAAGUAGUCAUGCUACUACUACUACUACUACUACUACUACUACUACUACUACUAAUACUACUACUACUACUACUAAUAGUGGUAGUAGUAAAACAAAUGAGUCUACUGCACCAAUUAAAAUUAUUUCAGUAUCGUCUAGUAGCAAAGAGAGUGUUCCAUUGAAACCUCAUAAAAAAUCAUCAUCUAACCAUAGUACUAAUGAUUACUCUAUCAAUGAUGGUAAUAAUCAUACGACAAAAUCCAGUAAAUCAAUCCAUUCGUCUACUGAUCACCGAUCACGUAAUAAUAAUAAUAAUAAUAAUAAUAAUAAUAAUAAUAACAGUGUCAAUAACAAUAUAAAUACUAAUAAUAGCAGUAUGCCACGAUCAGAAAGUGAUAUGAGUAUGAUUUCAACAGAUUCUUCAUUAUUAUCCUUUUCAUCCAAUUCAUCAUCAUCUUCAUUACGUAAACAUAAUAAUAAUAAUAAUAAAAUAAGGGACGAUACAACCGAUAUUACCACAGGAAUUCCAUGUCCAGUUGUACAUCGUCCAGAAUUUAAUACAACCGGUUAUAUUACUAAUACAAAACGUAAAUUCAGCCAGAAUACAAUACAAAAAUCCAAUUCACCUCAAUCAAUUAAUGAUUAUAAACAAUUGAAUAAAUCCACAUGUAAACAUCCAUUAUCAUCUCAACCAUUUAUUACGCCAUUACACUCAACAACAACAUCUUCAUCGUCAUCAUUUUCAUCAUCACCAUCACCGACAUCAUUUAGUAGUUCAGAUAUUGGUUAUGUUACAUCACAUCAUGAAAAUUUAGAAAAUAUUAUUCAUGAAAAUAAUUCUAAAAUAUUAAUUAAUUGUGUGAAUGAUGAAAAUCGUAGUAGUGGUACCACAGUUAGUCGAAUGAGUUCACAUGCUUCAACUAUAUCAAGUGGUUCAGUGACAGUGAUUUCAACAUCAACAGAAAAAUAAUUAUUAUAUUAUUUCAAGUAGUUUAUUCUUCUUUUUUUCGUUGUUUUCUUUCUAUGUAUCGUUCCUUCCUAUACCCUAUAUCAAUUUAGACAUAAAACACAAUUCAUUUGGAAUUACAUAACUGUAAUAUGAUAUAUAUGAAUUAUUUGUAUGAAAGUCUAUGAAAUCAUAUAUUGAAUGAAUAUGAGAUGAUCAUCAAUCUAUGCUUAUUGUCAUUCACAUUUGAUUGAAUUAGAAACUGGGUUUUUUUUAAAAAAAAACAAAAAGAGUACAAUAUGAAAUAGAAUACUUCAUAUAACAAAAUUAACCAUUCAUGUAUAUACGUACAGUAUACAUGAAUACAUUCCACCAGUGAUGUAUAUCCAUAUAGUAAAGAGAGAGAGAGAGAGUGGGAGAGUAAAAAGGAGGAAAAGAGACAAUAUUCCCUUACUUUUAACAUUAAACAUUCCUUUGUUUCCUUUUAUUUCAUUUAAAUUUGCAAAGAUAGACAAUCAUUAAUUAAUUUUAUUCAUUACGAUAUCCAUAUUGAUCAAUCAAUCAAUCAAUCAAUCAAUCAAUCAAUGAAUUUUGUCUACUUUCAAAAUGAUAACAAUUGGUGUAAUAAUUGAUUUUUAAUACUUACUACUGAAUUGUAUUGAUUAUUGGUUACUUUUCUUUUGUUCCUCUUUUAUGUACAUAAUAUUUGGUAUUUAUUUUAUAAUUUGUUUACAGCAUACAAUAUUAGUUUUGUGCUUCUCCUUUCCUAACGUGUCAUUAUUAUUAUUUUUUUGAUCGAAAAAAUUUCAAUAUGGAGAUUUAUAGAGAUUGUAGUAUUUUCACAAUUGAAUUCAUCAAUCGAUCUAAACUAGAUCACUAUUGAAAACACGGAGUCACUGGACAUCCGUUUCGUCUUACUAUGCGACUCCUUAACAAUACACAUCUUCGAUCGCGCUACACGAUAAUAGAGCCAUGAAUUUUGGGUCACAUGGACGGACGCUUAUUCUUUAGACCACUGGUCCGGUAUUUAACGGUGUUAAUGUUUACUAGGACCAAAUGGCCGUUCAGUUCUUCCAGGUUUUUAAUGUUGGUCUAUCUAAGAUCCGUUCAUGAUUUAACAACCUCUACAACUCCUUACUGACCAUUUUGAAAAUGUUAGCCUCUUUGGUAAGUUCACUUAAACGAAUCAUAAGAUUAUGGAGUCGACUGAUCACUAGAGUUCGGUUAUGUUAUAAACAAGCCAUUCGCCUUGGCUUUCAUCAUUUAAAUAAAUGACUAAAAAUAUAACCGGGAAAAUCUCAUUUCUACUAGUUCAGUAUAAUUUCUUCUAUUCCUAGUAAACAGUCAGAAGAUGAAGAUAGCAAGCCGAUAAGCAUUCUACAGUUAUGAAUCUCAAAACGUAAAGAAUUGUUACUUUAUAUCACGUGACAUAUCACCAAUCAAAAUAAUGAAUCUAAUGGGGUUUAUUAUAUGUCCAUAAUUUACUCUAUGGCUCAGUGUCUCGAAUUUUGCCAAUGCACAUCAGACCAUGACUAAUAACCUUGAGUCAACAGCUAGUUACUAUUGAUUCACGAUUCCAUGGAUUUUCUCUGCUUCGCCCUUGAUUAUAAAAGUCCACAAUUGGCUCCUACGAUAUUUAUGUUUCAAAAAGACGUGGUUUAUAGACAGACAUACCGAAACGCAUAUCACCAUAAAAUGAACAACAACUAUUCUUGAACAAACCGAAAGUGACUGUAACUUGGUAAGAACGUAAAUGAUAAACUGCGGACUGAUUAAGAGUAGUACAUUGUAUAGUAGUAAUUGAUCAGUUAACCGAAAGCCUAUGAAGAAAAGAAUAUAUACAAGUAUAAUAAUCUAGUGCUUUCAUAAUUAUAUAUAGCAUAUAUAAAUAUAUAUGGUGAGAGAGAAAGAGAAUCCACAAAUUAAUUAACAUUCCUUCAGUCUUUGUCCUGAUUUAACAUUUACAUACAUUAAUUACCUGGUCACAAUACACCUCAAAUAAGAAAUCCUGAUUUGUAUAAAAUCAAGUUUCGUGGAUGAUUUUAAAAAGAAGGACGAUGAGUGGUUAAUAAAUUAAUGAUAAUUCUGAGAUGAUGAAACAUUUAUAACGACAACUAAUCACCCAAAUGAAAGUUUAUCGUGACGACGGACCACGGGUGAACUCGAGAAAGCUGUAGGAGGCUCAGGAGGAGCCGAAGAUAUUCCAUCUAAUCUUCUUUUGGAAAAAUAUUCUUGAAUUUCUACGUGUAGCUUCCCGAUUGGACAAUGCUAAUAACCCCUUGUAUGCAGAUUGGAGGACUGUAGUGGUGAUUUCAUUCUUACUAAAAACUAUAAAUACCUGACAAUUUUGUACUAUAAUUGACACUGUCUGAGAAUAAUAUCCCUUUCAUUAGUCUUCUGUCUUUUCAUUGCGACUUGGAAGGGUUCUGGCGUUCUAGUGCUCACGUUAUACGCGGUAUAUCAAGAACAACCUUCUAGAUAUAACAUAUUUAGGGUAAUAUGAAGACAUUAUCAAAACAAAUGAUUUAGCAACCAUACACUAGUGAAAUAUGUAAUAAUCUAUCCCACCACUCUCACAUAUUCACAUCUAUAUAACAGGAGUCCGUGACUUCUUCAACUCAUCUGUAUGAAGAUGGUUUUUGAUACAAAAUGAUAUUGAUAAGAUGGUCAAUCAUGAGCCAUUUGAACCUAUGACUUUUUAUGAUAUUGAACCCAAGACUUUCUACUUCUAUGAUACGUAUGAUAAUACUUGAUUUUUUAUAAAGAAAAAUGCACCACUAAAAAUGUG